CGAGAGAGAGGGAGAGGGAGAGUGUAGAAGAGAGACAUGGCUUCCAAGGAGAUAACCUCCUCCUGUUUCGUCAGCAUGAGCAGGGAAAUAACAGAGAGCAUCCGGAAAGUGAUCGAUAAAUCAUCCAUCAAGUUUGCGCGAGGCGUGAAGCUGGAGACGAAGAGCGGCAGGUCAGAGGACAGGAUACUGGUUCUCACAACAUGGCGACUGUACCUCAUGACUGCCAAGAUACCAACAAAGGUGGAGACGACCUUCAACUUCUUAGAGAUCCGGGCCAUGAACACUCACCCUGAUCAUCUGGUUGUCAUAGAAACAGACAAGUCCACCUACUCCCUGAAGCUUCAGUCACAUGAUCACCUCGAUCACGUGAUCAACCACAUCAACUUUGCUCUCUCCCGGAUCUUCAACAACUCGGCGUUUGCACCCUCUAUCUGUCGUUCAGAUGGGGACGUCUCAGACGGAAGCAGAAAAAUUUCCCCGAGUUCAGAAACGUCUGUGGAAACGCAAAGAGCCUGUGGAGGGUUUUCAGAAACGUAUGCAGCUCUGUGUGACUAUAAUGGCAUCAGCUGCAAAGAGGAGGUCCAGUGGGAUGUGGACACAAUCUAUCACUCUCAGGACAACAGAGAAUUUAACCUGCUGGACUUCAGCCAUCUGGAGAGCAGGGAUCUGGCAGUGAUCGUGGCUUCCAUGGCAUACAACACCUGGUUCACCAAACUCUACUGCAAGGACCUGCGCAUAGGGUCUGAGGUGAUUGAUCAGGUCUUGCACACACUCAGUAAGUCCAGCAGUCUGGAGGAGAUCACCCUGGAGAACGCUGGACUCCGAUCAGACUUUCCUCAGAAGAUGGCCGUGGCUUUGUCAGAGAACCCCGCCUCGGUCAUCCACUCUCUCAACCUGGCACACAACACACUGGACAACCAAGGUGUGUCCAACCUCAUUCAGCAGGUGUGCCGACUCAGCAAAGGCCUCCGUCUGCUCAACCUCUCCAAGACCUCACUGUCCUCCAAGGGUGUGGUCUCCCUCUCCCAGGCACUCUGCUCCAGUGACGACUACUCCAACUCCCUUCUGCAUCUGGACCUCAGCAAGAACCCAGGGGUUCUGACAGGAGAGGACGCCUCGAAUCUGUACCUCUUUCUCUCGCAGCCCAACUGUCUGGUCCACCUGGACCUGUCUGCUACAGACUGCGCCGUUGAAUCACUGUUUGGGGCUUUACUCAGGGGCUGCUGUGCUGAUCUCUCCUAUCUCAACCUCUCCAAAAACUCCUUCUCACACAAGAAGCUGAAGGAGACUCUGCCAUUGUUUCGUCAGUUCUUCAGCUCGGCCUUCAGCCUCACGCACAUCAGCCUGGCCUCCAUGAAGCUGCCCCCUGAUGCGCUGAGGGCCCUAUUCCUUGGCUUGUCCUCGAACCCUCAUGUUAGUGGCCUGCAUCUGGACAUCAGUGGCUGUGAGCUCAGGUCAGCUGGUGCCUUGGUACUGCAAGAGUUUCUCCCCAGACUUUCCUCCAUCGCCACCCUGGACAUCUCUGACAAUGGGUUGGAUGCAGACCUCCUCUCUGUACUCCCUGCUCUGUCUCGACACCCCUCCAUCAAACACCUGCUGCUGGGCAAGAACUUCAACAUCAAGAGCAGCAGGGGACUGGAUGAAGUUCUGCAGAUGCUGGUCCAACUCAUCCAGGAGGAAGAGUGUGGCCUGCAGUCCCUCUCGGUGGCGGACUCCCGGCUGCGUUCCCGUGGCACGGUGCUGGUGAACGCUCUGGGCAGUAACACCUGCCUGCGCAGAGUGGACCUGAGUGGGAACAGCCUGGAGGACGUGGGGGCCAAGAUGCUGAGCAAGGCGCUGCAGAUAAACACCACGCUGAGGAGUGUGACGUGGGAUCGUAAUAAUACCACAGCAACUGGAUUCCUCGACGUGGCUCGAGCUCUGGAACAUAACUUCACCCUGCAGUACAUGCCGCUUCCUCUCAGUGAUGUCACCCAGGCCUACCGCAGCUCCCCUGAGAGGACAGAGCAGGCGCUCGUCAAGAUUCAGAGAGCUCUGCUGAGGAAUAAUCAGACACAGCGUUUCUCUCAGAGGCAGGCGCUGCGUCUGCACCAGGGCCUGGUCACCAGCACUGCCGAGCAGGUGAUGGAGCGCCUGUGUGUGCGUGUGCAGCAGCAAGUGUGUUUUCUACGGGGGACUGGGGAUGGGGAGGAGGUGAAGGCAGCCAAGCAGGUGCUGAAGGAAGCACGGAAUUCCCGCGCACUGUACCCCUCUCUGUGUGAGUUGGCCCAUGUUCUCUCAGUGGACGGCCCGGUCAGACAGAAACUGGACUCACUAGCUGGGGAACUGGCCAAGGCUGCCGACAAAGAACUGCAGGUGAUCGUGGACUCCAUGGUGUCCCUGUGUCGGGAGCUGUGCCCCCUCUCCUCCGCGGCGGCCGAGAGACUGACCCCGCCCCUCUCCUCCGUCUCUGAGCGCGUGUCCGUCCCCCGCUCCGCCAUCCGUUCUGCCCUGAUGGAGAGAGCAUCGCAGGAUAUACACCGAGCUCUGGAGGAAGUCAAGCUUUCUGUUGUCUCCUAUCUCACCAACUCCAUUGUGGAUCAAAUCCUACAGGAACUCUAUGCAACUCAGAAGACCCUGACUCGCCAGGUGUCACAGGUGAGACGCUGGGAGGGAGGGGGUGAAGGGGGGACAGCAAGAAGGUCACACCGACACAGAGACUCUCUGGAUGUCACCGACGAAGAGCUGGGGACAAGCAUAGACACCAUAGCCAUUAAGAAGAGAAGCUCCAGGACAAGACGAAUUCGCCCUGUGUCCACCAGACUGAGUCUGUGUGAUGACUCCAGUUCAUCUCCGCCUCCUUCGGCGCCUCCUCUCUCUGCUCCCCUCUCUCGUUCAGCAUCAUGGGAGUGUCUGUCCACCCUGCCUACCCAGGGUGCACCUCUGCAUCAUGUGACUCGGGUCAGGCCGAGGCCGCCGCGGAGACAUCGGAGAGCACACGCCCCAGUAGAUACACAGCACUGCACAGAGAAUGGAGCUGUGACCCCGCUUGAUGACGGACUCCCCGACUUUUACACCAAGAGAGUCCUGCCCGACAGCCAGCUGUCCUGUCUCCAUAAAGCCCAGUCUCUCAGGAGAAAGAAGAGACGCAACAUGCUGGCCAUCUUCGGUUUCCGUAGGAAUCGUAAUUCAACCCUCUCCAAUCAAGGGACAGAGUCUGGAGGAGGGGGCGGAGCCUGUGGGGAGGAGUGUCGGACUAUGGCUACAGCACCCACAGGCACCGCUACGGAAAACGUGUACACUCUGCUCCAGCCCCUGAGGAAUUCUGGGAAGACGGAAUCCCCCAGAGAGGGGGCUGAUGGGAAGGCAGAGGAUCAGAGGGGGGAGGAUCAGGAAGGGCUGGUGGGUGCCCGGGCUUGGCAGGGCAUACCACUCCCUGGGAUGGGGGGGGCCAAACCUACUCCCUUUACAUCCAGACAGAAAUCAGAGCUUGACCAGGAGGCAGACAGACAAACUGCAGGAUCGGACAGACAGACGGACAGACAAGCAGGGACA